AUGGACAAGGAACUCGUCGUCACUCGCCGCACGGCAGGCGACGGGGUUCACCUCGUGUUCACGCGUCGCCUACCCAGGACGACCAUUCUUCGUCGCGGUCGAACAGACACCGCGAAGAUUCAGAAGCACCGCGUGACCAGCCAUCACGCCGCGACAGACACGAGUCAAGGCACUCAAGGAUCGACGGAGCUGAUCGCUUCGGUCAUCAAGACUUUCCAAUGGAGCGGCCGAUCGAACCAUCCAGCCUUGCACCUCUCGAAUCUGCAAGCCUCAACGACAACGAGGCACGCCCUCGCGAGCGCAGGGGCAGAACCCGUUCUCCGUCUAGUCGAGGAAACAGGAGAGUUCGACGGCCUACGCCCGAUGGCCCUGCCGCUGCCUAUUAUGAUGAGGAAAUGCGUCAUCGCGAUCCGUAUCGCGGCGACUACGACUUCCCACAUGGUCGACACUACCCUCCUCCUGAUCCCAGAUAUCCACGUUCUCCGCGUGGGGGCUCAUACCGUGCUUCGCCGACCCGUUCACCUCAUCCCCCCAACCGGCGUGGUAGACGGGAACCAUCGUGGAACUCCAUACAACGGUCGUGGCGGACCACGUGGCAUGGGCUACAAAUCGUCACAAUGGGGUGGUGGAUCAGGACAUGGUCAGCCGCCGGACGAGCUCAACGAUCAAUAUCGUUCACCCAAUGAUUAUGCGGACCAGCCAUCGAGGGAGGCUGAGCCUCAAGACGUUGGCAUCGACGAGUCUUCAAAGGCUUCGGACACGAAUGGCAGUCACCCUCCCAAUGCACCUACUGGGCCGUCGGGCUCGGGACGUCCGCCGCCGACUGGACCAAGCAACAAGUUCAGCUUUGCUUUCAAGGGCCCCUCGAAACCACCUGCGCCCAAACCUGAGAUAUCCCAGAAGUUCAACGCCCCUCCACGCAGGAGGUUGUCGCUCGACAGGGCAGACAGUGACAGGCAACCCCCGGCGUCCGCGCCAACUGAACCCGCCUCAGCGAGAGGGCGACCUGAUCCGAGAUCGCUUCCACCCAUACCUGAUGGUCCCAGAGUUGUACCGCGGAUGCGCAAAGUGAAAAAGAUAAUGAGGCGGCCAAAACCUCGCCCGACACUCCCCUCGGAGCAAGUGAUUUCAGAGUCUGUCUUCUUCCGCAAGCCUGGCAACGAGUCUGUGAUCGGAUCUGGCACGUACGGCAAGGUCUUCAAGGGGUUGAACGUGUACACAAAGGACCUUGUCGCCCUCAAGCGCUUGCGAAUGGAAGGCGAAAGAGACGGGUUCCCGGUGACAGCGGUGAGAGAGAUCAAGCUGCUACAGUCGUUGAGACAUCUCAACAUUGUGAAUCUUCAGGAAGUCAUGGUCGAGAGGAACGACUGCUUCAUGGUUUUUGAAUACCUUUCCCAUGACCUGACGGGCCUCCUCAACCACCCUAGCUUCACACUGAACCCGGCGCAGAAGAAGCAUCUUGCGAAGCAGAUGUUUGAUGCCCUCGACUAUCUACAUGACCGUGGGGUGCUACAUCGGGAUCUCAAAGCAGCCAAUAUUCUUGUCAGCAGCGAAGGUAUCCUCAAACUAGCUGACUUUGGCCUUGCUCGAUUCUUCGCCAAGCAUCAUCGACUGGAUUACACCAAUCGCGUCAUCACCAUCUGGUAUCGCUCCCCAGAGCUACUCCUCGGGGAAACGCAGUACACCGCGGCCGUCGACGUCUGGAGUGCGGCCUGCGUCCUGGUGGAGAUCUUUGUCCGGCAGGCCAUCUUCCCCGGAGACGGUACCGAACUCAGCCAACUCGAUAAGAUCUACGGCAUCCUCGGUACGCCCAACUUGCGGGACUGGCCUGGCCUCGUCGACAUGGCGUGGUUUGAGCUCCUCAAACCAACCGUCAAGAGGAAGAACGUCUUUGCGGAGAAAUACGAGGAUCGAGUCACGCCCAAGGCCUUUGAUCUCCUCAAGCGCAUGUUCCACUACGAUCCCGCCAAACGACCCACGGCGGCUGAGGUUCUACAACAUGACUACUUCCUCACGGAAGAGCCUUUGCCAAGACAGGCAGUAGAACUCGCUGAUAUCGAGGGUGACUGGCACGAAUUUGAGUCCAAGGCGCUACGCAAGGAGAAUGAACGAAAAAGUCGUGAGGCUCGCAAGGCUAACGCCGCCCGCGAAAAGGAGAAGAAACGAGCUGCGGAAACCGAAGAAGCUGCUGCUGCGCCCGAGGCCAAGAGACCCCACGUUGAUGUCGGUGCCGAGGAUGCUUUGGAGGUUGCGUAG